GACCACCCCAGCCUCCGCGGCACGCCCUUGGCGAUGCUGGCAGCCCAGUGCAAUAAGCUGUCCAGUAAAUCGCCACCUCCUCUGGCAGACGCUGCCGUUGGCAAGGGAUUCCACCCAUGGAAGAAGAGCCCACAAGGUGCCCCCUCACCGGGGGCUACAAUAGGGGUCUCGUCGGCAGCCACAUCGAUACCGUCUUCGCAGAGGUCCAACAGUACCUACUCAAGAUCGGUGAUGACCUCCUGCGCAAGUGUGCCCACGACUGCUUCCUAUGGAAGCGACCUGUACUUCCCCGGAGCCACAACUCAACCUGCCACUAGCGACAAUUCCCACUUACACCACCAGAGUUCGCUGUUGGGCAAAGUAGAGCAAGCUGCCACAGCGCAUCACCUAGGCUCAGUCUACUCGAGACAUCCAUACGAAACGUGGCCUUUCAACACAAUGUCAAGCGCAACGCACCAUGGAGGAAUCAAAAGCGACUCGGUAGCGUCAGCAAACGCCUGGUGGGAUGUCCAUUCUACUGCAGGCAGCUGGCUAGACAUGAGCGGAGCAGCUGGGAUGCAUGCUCAAAUGGCUGCCGCGAACUAUUCUACGGAUUACUCCACCUUGACACACUCAUUAGCUGCCUCGAAUCACUUGCUUUCGUCUGGUCAACACUUGUUGCAAGAUACUUACAAAUCGAUGUUACCAGGGGCUCAAAGCGUUGGUGCAUCGUUUGGCCUCCACGCGCCAGGAUCUACUCCUUCACCAACUGGAGGAGGAAGCGGGCUACCUCCUCAAGUACCAUCUCCUAGAUCUCAAAGGCGGUAUACAGGUAGAGCCACGUGCGACUGUCCCAAUUGCCAGGAAGCUGAAAGACUAGGACCUGCGGGUGUUCACCUCAGGAAGAAGAACAUCCAUAGCUGUCAUAUACCUGGAUGUGGGAAGGUGUAUGGUAAAACCUCACAUCUGAAGGCUCAUCUUAGAUGGCACACAGGAGAGCGUCCGUUUGUUUGCAACUGGCUUUUUUGCGGCAAAAGGUUCACAAGGUCCGAUGAACUCCAGAGGCAUCUAAGGACCCAUACGGGGGAAAAGCGAUUUGCAUGUCCAGUCUGCAACAAGCGGUUCAUGAGGUCAGACCAUCUAGCGAAGCACGUGAAAACUCACAAUGGUAACGGAAAGAAAGGAAGCUCGGACAGUUGUAGUGACAGCGAGGAGAACAGUCAAGGAGACUUGAACAACGUUAAUUCUCCAGCAUCGAUGAACCAAACUCCUCCUCCUUCGUCGAAUAUGGGCCUGGAUAUGGUGACAGGGCUGGAUGUGAAGCCUCCUGGGCUAGUUUGAGGCAGGUGGGGCCCAACGCUACUGUAUCCUAGCUACUAACACUAGCGGGCCCCCAACACAGUGAUAUAUUGGUGUAUAUAGGUGUAUAUAGGAGACUGUCAAAGAAUUGAGCUUAUUUGUGGACCAGAAGAAUUAUGGAUAUCUCGUUGUACCACUACCGAACUGUGUAGUUAUAAAACCCCACGUUAAAAAUGGUUUUCUGAAAGUUGGGACAUCCCUUUUUAUAAACAACUGCGCCUUAAAUAACAAAGCUAAUGUGCGCUGAAACCACAGCGAAAAUUAAAAAAAAGCGAAAAGUACUUUGUACACCUUUGAUAAGAACUAAGAAAUAGGGGUAAUAAGAAAAGUACGGUCCUGUCAGAUGUUGCAUAUGUUUUAUCCUGAUGACAAAACGUAACACGUUUUUAUUUGCAAACUUCAGAUGAAGCAGCUUCAUUAACAUUGAAAUAUUUCCAAAUGGAAAAAAUAUUUUUAAAUAGUUAAAUAAAAGGUUGUUUUCAAAAAUGUAUUUUUUUAUUUUUUUUAUUUUAGUAUUUAUGUCAAAUGAAACUAUGGUAAUUAUAAGCUCGGGCGGUCGCCUCGUUGGAUUUAGAAUGACGUCACUUUGCUUAUUGUGUUUCUCUCAUAGAGUCCCUUCAUUGGAUGCGAUUAACUAGUUAAAAGUUCAGUUCCAAGAUUUGUAUCGGCAUUUUCGGAGCUGCCUACUGUGUCCACAUUGACGUUUCUAUAAGCGACCCUACGAGAUAAAUAAUUCUACGCGGUGCAGAAUGACAACAAAAAUGAUCUGCAUACUCUCGCGAAGGUACUGUAAGUGUAAACUCCUGACAAAUCGACAGUUUCGUUUUUGCUAUAGGAAUGUUCUCCUUUAGUCUCAUCAAAUCCGAUUUGCAAACAAACAGCUAAGAUUACGUUCUCGGUGUGUGACGCCUGGAUUGAUUACUGACACUUGUCGUAUCUUCAUGCCUAAUCCUAUUCGGAAUCUGAUAAUUUUUUUACCUUGCGACUUAAGUGUAUAUAUAUGGUACUAUGGAAAUUUCCUUAUCUUUUCAAGAACGAUUCGCAUCUGGGUAAAGAAAAGUCCCAACUUCAGUUAACUUAGAUCACUAGCCCUAGUACAAUAUCAGAAUUUUUCUUUUCAUGUGAUUGUGUACGAAAGUGAUACAGAAUGAGGCAUUUUAUAAUAAUUUUGGUCUAUUUGAUGAAAAACUUGCUUUAAUUGUACAUAUUUAUAUAUAAAUUAUAUUUAAAGAGUACGUACAUAUACGUAAAAUUAAGGUGAUCGAGAAACGUGCUUAUGUCACAUAUCAUCCAUAAAGUUUUUUCAUUUUUAGCUUUUAUAUCAAUAUUCACUGUACUACAUAAUCAAAAUCUAAAACUUGGAUAUUUUGCAUUACGAUUACUUGGUAGUGUGGAAGAACAAAUAUGAAUCAAUAUGUUAUAAUUAUAUCCAACAAGGUAUGCCUGUUCGUCAGAUAUAGCUAUAGAAGUGAAGAAUCAGACGUAUGAAGAAAACAAUGAUCAUUAAGAAGUGACUACUUGUCACUUAUAGCUGCACUUAAAUCCUCUCUCACUGUUGGAAAGUCCUUUUCAAUCACUCCUUAAGCUGAGUGCCGUUUUGACGACCCUACCCCACCUUUUUACGGUAUCGUGAUUGAAUACUUACCUUCUAUAUGGUUGAAGUAGUGCACCUCAACGUCGUAAGUGUUUUCUCUGAUUUGACCGUCAAAUAUUUAUCAUGUUUCUCUUUCUGCCAAAAAGUCUGUAAUUUCUGUACAUUGUAACAAUAUAUAUGUAAAUUAUUGUCUAAGAGCUUUCGUGAAAAUGUUAAAAGAUAUAAAUAUAAUUUUGAAUCUGGACACUACAA